CAUCAGUUUUAAAGUUUGAAAAGUUGCGAUCAGUUCAAGAAAUAUAAUGAAGUUCAUAUUUUUCAUCGUCACUCUCAUUAUUGUUUUGAGCGUCCAUGUCAAAUGUAAUCCCAAACCAUGCCUACCACGUGUCAUUUGUCGAACAACUCCAUGGGGACCACGUGGAGGUUAUUUGUGCAACCGAUAUUGUAUUUAUCAAGGCUCAUCAAGUGGUAAUUGUGAAGACGGAACUUGCGUUUGUUCUUAA